AUGGCUGGCCAAGAUGGCUCGCAGACGCUAGCAGCAGCUGCUGAGCCGCUCUUCGAGAUCCGCGAGACGCCCGCAGGCUUCCUCGGCGCCUUCGCUCGCGUCCCCAUCGCUCGAGGAACUUUGGUGCUCGACGACCCGCCGCUCUUCACGCUGGACGCGCCGUUGCAAGCGUACCUCUUUCAGCGGGCGCAGUCGGGCUCUGGCGGCGGUCCCACGCCGGUAGAAGGCGAGGAGGAGGAGGAGGAGCCGCCCAAAACGCUCGAGGAGUUCCUCGACAAAGCCAUUCGGACCAUGUUGAGCUGGAAAACGGAUGAGCAGCGGAAGGAGUUCUGGGACUUGGCCAACACUCGACCCGAACUUCCGCCGGCGUACGGAAUCUUUGCGACGAAUGCCGUGCAGACGACCGGCGAGACGGGCGGCAUGUUCCUCCUCCUUUCGCGCUUCAACUCUUCCUGCCGUCCAACCCUCUCCCGUCCCGCCUGGAAUCCCUCGACCAACUCAACUCGCCUCUACGCUCUGCGCGACAUUUCUCCCGGCGAAGAGCUCACGUGGACCUACUUGAACGUGACGUUCGAGUUCGAGGGCGUCGAGGCGAGGAAGGCGGAGAUGUUGCGGGUGUUCGAGUUCGAGUGUUGUUGCGAGGCGUGCGAUGACGAGCGUCUUAGCGCGGAGGAAAGGGCGGCGAGCGAGAAGCGGCUUUUGCGGCUGCGGAGGCUCAAGGAGCGGAUUGGCUGGACGGAGGAAGGGAGGGCGGCGGAGCAGACGAGCGGGCGGACGGAGGUGCUGAGGGAGAUGGUCGAACUCUCGCGGCAGGAAGGAUUGUGGGAGACGGCGGAUAGACUGGAGAAGGCUAUCGAGCAGGCAUAG